AUGAGUGGGCCCAAACCAGGUGGUGGCAGAGGCGGCCGAAGUGCAAUCAUUAAUACUUGUACUUUUUUAUUUGCAGAAGGAAGAUUUACACUUGAGGCUCUUCUGGAACUGAACGAGGCUACUGUAUCUACAGUGACAGAAUACCCAGGCGAGCAAGUGAUACUUUUGAAACGCAUUAGGAAUCAUAAGGCUAAUGCGGAUGCCAUCGUCAGACCGGGCGCAGAUGAAGUGGCGCAACAGUGUUCAAGAACACCUGUAACUCCACCACCUCCCUCUCAUCAGCCUGUUCGAGGCCAAAAGCGUACUCCUGAUGAACCGUUGCCUACCACCUCUGCUGCGUCGAAGAAACUCCGCAAGUUUAGCGAUCAGAAAGUGAUUGAGGACUUGGACCUACGAGCAGUUCUAGAAAGUGAUCCUAGCAGUCAAAGUAUUCUGAAGUACUAUGAAUUGGCUCAAAAACAGCAUGACGAAGCAGAAGACAACAUCGAAGAGCACAAGAAGCCUAGGCUAAGCAAUUUUCAACGAGAUUUAAUAGUAGGAGCCAUAAUUGAACAUCUGGUAAAGCAUACAACAGCCGUGGACCACCAUCUCUAUCCAAACGUGUGUGAGAAGAUUGUCAGUCUUUUCCCAUCUGAGGUUCCAGAAACGUAUUACAUUGCACCCAGGGAGGGUCCAAAGGGGGAUGCUCAGCUUGCCCCGAUGGGAAAACUGCCAGUCAAGCUACGAAAUUACAAGAACCAACUUAAGAACCUACAGAGAGGAAGUCGAACGCCUGAAGCUAGACCUUCCACGUCAUAAUCAGUGAACACUGGGAGUAAUUUGUCAAGAAUACUGCGUCAACCAAUAACCGAAGAGGUACAGGCAGCCAAAGUCUGGCUGAAGAAUGGGAGAACCCCAUGGCCUAAAGCUCUUGAGAAAUGGUCGACUGUGGCACCCCUUCGCUUUCGUGCUCUUUUUGAGGGUGCAGGCAAAUUUGUCAAUUCUUACAUCGAUGAAUGGCCAGUGCUGACUCAUCCGUCUGGUCAUGAACUGAUUCUGCAAGACUUUUCACUUCUUUAUCCUAACUCAGAAAAUGGCUUAUUUUUGAACUGGGACUAUUUCCUAAAUGUCACUGGUGAAAUUGCACGA